GAAAGCGUAAUGAGCAUCAACCCCUUUCUUUGACCACCAAGAACAACAAACAAAAGUCCUCUGCUUCGCCGGCAAGGCAGUGCGCAGCAGCGCAGAUAUAAAAGUAGGUACUCCAGCCACCCAUUUCCACGGCAGCUCUGACCUCUGAAGCCACAGCUCUGUACUUUGUUUUCCUAUCUUCCUUACCCUCAGGUUGAGCAGCCACCGCUCCCAUGGACAACGGAUCCACGAAGCAGACCGUUGUUCUUUUCCCCGGCGGCGGCGUCGGGCACGUCGGGCCCAUGACGCAGCUCGCCAAGGUCUUCCUCGGCCACGGCUACGACGUCACCAUGGUGCUCAUCGAGCCGCCGAUCAAGUCGACUGACUCCGGCGCCGGCUUCAUCGAGCGCGUCGCCGCCUCCAACCCGUCCAUCACCUUCCACGUCCUGCCGCCGAUCCCGCCCCCUGACUUCGCUAGCUCCCCCAAGCACCCUUUCCUCCUCAUGAUUGAGUUCAUGCGACAGUACAACGAGAAGCUCGAGAGCUUCCUCUGCUCCAUCCCGCGGGCGCGCUUGCACUCCCUUGUCGUCGACAUGUUCUGCACCCACGCCAUCGAUGUGGCCGCGAAGCUGGGCGUCCCCGUCUACACGUUCUUCGCGUCGGGCGCCGGGGUUCUCGCCGUCUUCACCCAGCUGCCGGCGCUGCUCGCCGGCAGGCGAACGGGGUUGAAGGAGCUCGGAGACACGCCCCUCGAGUUCCUAGGCGUUCCGCCGAUGCCGGCGUCCCAUCUCGUCAGGGAGCUGCUCGAGGACCCGGAGGACGAGCUAUGCCGGACCAUGAUGAACACCUGGAAGCGCAACACGGACACCCAUGGCGUUCUGGUCAACACGUUCUGCUCGUUGGAGAGCCGGGCCCUGCAGGCGUUCAGGGAUCCCCUGUGCGUCCCCGGCCGGGUGCUGCCUCCAGUCUACUCCAUCGGGCCGUUGGUCGCCAAGGGCGGGAGCGGGGAGGACGAGGAGGGAGCGGAGAGGCCCGAGUGCCUCGCAUGGCUUGACGCGCAGCCGGAGCGCAGCGUCGUGUUCCUCUGCUGGGGGAGCAAAGGCUCGCUGCCGGAGGAGCAGAUCAAGGAGAUCGCCGCUGGCCUAGAGAGGUCCGGGCAACGUUUCCUCUGGGUCGUGCGCACGCCGGCCGGCAGCUACGACACCAAGAGGUACCUGGAGCAACGCCCCGAGCCAGACCUCGACGCGCUCCUGCCGGAGGGGUUCUUGGAGCGGACCAAGGGCCGCGGAUUCGUCCUCAAGUCAUGGGCGCCGCAGGCGGACAUCCUCACGCACCCGGCCACGGGCGCUUUCGUGACCCACUGCGGGUGGAACUCGACGCUGGAGGCCAUUGCCGCGGGCGUGCCGAUGCUGUGCUGGCCGCUGGGCGCGGAGCAGAAGAUAAACAAGGUGCUCAUGACCGCGGACAUGGGCGUCGGCGUGGAGCUGGAGGGGUACAACGCAGGCCUCGUCAAGGCCGAGGAGAUUGAGGCCAAGGUGAAGCUGGUGUUGGAGUCGGAGGAGGGGAGGGGGCUCGGGGAACGAGCGGCGGAACGGAAGAAAGAAGCAGAGGAGGCGCUGAAGGACGGCGGCUCGUCGCGGGCGGCGUUCCUCCGGUUCUUGUCGGAUGUUGAGAAUCUUAGAGCGUGAGAUUGACGAAAUUGUAACCAGCCUUGCUGUUUAUGUUUGUUUUCUUGCAUACUAGUCUUGUCCUCCCUUUGUCAAUUCUAUUGUACUGCUUCUGCUGUCUUUCCUAGAAUAAAAAGGAAACGAUGACGAUAUUGACUAGCA